UGCAGCGAAGUUGGGCUGUUCAUACUUUACAUCCAAUCAAAUCGGGUUGACUCGUCUGAAAUUUGCGCUCAAAUUUGGUUAACAAAACUACCAUUAAGAGAAAAUUGAACGCGUUGUUUUCGAAUAUUCCGUCGUAUCAAAAAUGAGAGAAAUAGUUCACGUUCAGGUAGGCCAAUGUGGAAACCAAAUUGGAGCGAAGUUCUGGGAACUGAUUACGGAUGAGCACAAUAUCAACAAGGAUGGAGCGUACGCGCCUAGUGAAGGUGACACCGAGGCUGACAAACAACUCAAACUCGAGAGGAUAGAUGUGUACUUCCAGGAAGCUCAGGGAGAUCGGUAUGUUCCCCGUGCGCUCUUGGUCGAUUUAGAACCCGGAUGUCUUGAUCAGAUUCGGGCGGGUCCUAUUGGGGGCUUAUUCCGUCCAGACAACUACAUCCACGCGGCAAGCGGAGCCGGAAAUAACUGGGCGAAAGGUCACUACACAGAAGGCGCCGAGCACGUAGACCUAGUUUUAGAUUGUCUCCGAAAAGAGGCUGAAACCUGUGACUGCAUGCAGGGUUUCCAGCUAUGUCACUCCCUGGGGGGUGGCACUGGAUCUGGAAUGGGCACCUUGUUGGUGUCGAGGAUCCGAGAGGAAUACCCUGACAGGAUAUUCAGUACAUUCUCAGUUGUCCCCUCACCUAGUACUUCAGAUGCUGUUGUAGAACCCUACAAUGCCGUGUUCUCGUUGCACGUUUUGAUUGAUCAAACUGACCAGUCUUAUACCAUUGAUAACGAGGCACUGUAUUCAAUCUGGACUGGACCUCUGAAGAAGCCAAAUCCCACUUAUAGUGAUUUGAAUCACUUGGUGUCUAGAACUAUGAGUGGAGUAACUACUUGUCUUCGAUUCCCUGGACAACUGAAUGCGGAUCUCAGGAAACUGGCGACUAACAUGGUUCCGUUCCCUAGGUCGCAUUUCUUCAUGACUUCGGUCGCGCCUCUGACGAACAGAAGCAACCAAGCGUUCACUGCCCCGACUGUUAGUAACCUUCUGACUCAAAUGUUCGAUGCCAGAACCAUGAUGACAAAGACGGAUCCCAAGCAAGGCAAGUACUUGACUGUUGCGGCAAUGUUCAGGGGUAAGAUGUCAAUGAAAGAAGUCGACGAACAGCUGAUGUUGGCACAGACGAAAAAUAGCAGCUAUUUUGUCGACUGGAUCCCAAACAAUGUCAAAACAGCGGUGUGUAACGUACCCGCUAAGGAUGUUCCAAUGUCUGCAACUUUUAUUUGCAACAACACGUCAAUCAAAAGCAUGUUUCAGAGAAUAUCGGACCAAUUUGAGAAAAUGUUCAAGAAGAAAGCAUAUGUAUUUUUCUACACAAAUGAGGGUAUGGACGAAAUGGAGUUCUGUGAGGCUCAGAAUGACAUGCAGGAUCUGAUCAGUGAGUACCAGAGCUACGAAGAGAUGGUGGCCGGGGAACCCAUGUAUGACGAAGAGCCAGGAGCGGAGCCGGAGGAAGAAUACAGCUAAACAUUAAAAGUGGCAAAUUCAGAGCUGUAAAAUACUGAAUAUAUUGAAAGAACAUUCUCGCAAGGAAUGCACAAGUGUUCCUUGUUCGAACAGUCGAAGAUGAUUCAUUGAGCUUCAAAAUUUUUUAUACAAAUCUUAUUGCUUUAAAAAUAUAUUUUUUAUCUCA